AUUGGUUCCAUAUUGUGUGUCAAGAGUAAUAAGCCAACUGAACAGGCUCCAUUUGGAUUGCCAUAGCAGUCACUAAUUCAAUUCUGUGACUCUUCCACUGCAGCCUAGCGACUAUAGAACUCUGAACUAGGCAGAAGGAAAGGAUGAUGGAAAGCAAUAUCCCACAAAGACCCAAAUGACAUUUGAGAGAAUGAUCUCCUCCAGAAGCAAGAGCCACAUGGCACGUCUGUGAGUCCCAGUACCUGCCAACCUGAUGAAAACAGGCCAGUGGAGCCUACAUCGUAAUUUGUCGCUUUUGCUGCUGUGAACCAUCUCAUCUUCCCAUCCUUUCAGAGAGACCUGAAACCAUGAGGAGCAGCCUUACCCUGGUAGGCACCUUCUGGGCCUUCCUGUCCUUAGUUACUGCUGUGGCCAGUUCUGCCAGUUACUUCCUUCCUUAUUGGCUGUUUGGAUCACAGCUAGGAAAGCCAGUAUCUUUCAGCACAUUCAGGAGAUGCAACUAUCCGGUGAGGGGAGAUGGGCACAAUCUGAUCAUGGUGGAAGAAUGUGGGCGCUAUGCCAGCUUCACCGCCAUACCAAGCCUGGCAUGGCAGAUGUGCACAGUGGUGACAGGUGCCGGCUGUGCUCUGCUGCUCCUGGUGGCAUUGGCUGCUGUCCUAGGAUGCUGCAUGGAGGAACUCAUCUCUAGAAUGAUGGGGCGUUGCAUGGGAGCCGCACAGUUUGUAGGAGGGCUGCUGAUAAGCUCAGGCUGUGCAUUAUAUCCUUUAGGAUGGAACAGCCCGGAGGUAAUGCAAACAUGUGGAAAUGUCUCCAAUCAGUUUCAGUUAGGAACCUGUAGACUUGGCUGGGCCUAUUACUGUGCUGGGGGCGGAGCCGCUGCAGCCAUGUUGAUCUGUACCUGGCUCUCUUGCUUUGCUGGAAGAAAUCCCAAGCCAGUCAUGUUGGUGGAGAGCAUCAUGAGGAAUACCAAUUCUUAUGCCUUGGAGCUUGAUCACUGCCUCAAACCUUAAGCUUUGAAAGAAGAUUUACUGAAGAGGGUGGGAAGGGGAGGGAAACAAGCCUUGGAAAGAGGUAUUAAGCCGAGGCAGCCACCUACUAGUAGUGUAGCUUAGUGCUUGCAUGCUUUGGAACCACUUGCCAUUCAUUUUCACAUUCCCAUAGAACUCUAAGUCCAUGCCAAUCUAUACAAUUCAUCUAGUACAAUGAUUCUCUCACGCAUUUGACAAGAGUUUCCACUGACCACACAAGUUCCAUUGAGACCAUUUAUGCAAAACAAGAUCCUUACUUGAAAAGUCACUGUACAAGCAAGAAACUGCUCAGAGUUCUAUAAUACUUCCUUCCCACUUACUUUAAACCUUAGAUGCUGUUCAGUAGCAGUUGUACUGAGAGGCACUAGGAGCUGGACUAAGCUGGUUCCCAUCCAUUCAUUUGCAUGGCUCUCCCUGCAAUAUUUAUUGUUACCCACAAACAUAUCUCGAGUAUCACUAUGCAAAAUUUUUGUGACUUUCUCAGGUCUCUACUUUGUCCUGUUUUUCUCUCUCCUCAUGCAUGGGAAAGCUUGGUGGAAGGGUAACUUCAGAGGGGAAAACAUUAAUCAUAUUUGCUUGCAUAUAGUCUGGGCACCUUUCACAUUAUGCUUUAGACUAUUUAUAGAAUUUUCUACUCUUUCUGGGCAAUUGGUAUCAAAAUAUAAUGGCAAAGUAUUCCCUAAACCCUUCUAGAUACAGAAAUGUUGUUCAUUGACUAUUUUGAGUCAAGGCUAACAUUAGUGAGGUGUUCAAUAAAUAUGCAGUCUCAGUGAUGAUGACAAGGAUGUUUUCGCUGUAUUCUCCUUGAAAAUUUUACCAGAGUUUAUUAUGUGACUAGGAAGUCUGCAGUGACAUUUGUCCCAGUGAUCAUCUGUAGUGUGAUAGAAGUUUCUCUGUCUGCUUUAAUGACUGCUCUUCAAAUCAUCUUGCUUCCAUCUGGAAUGAGUUAGAUAUGAAAGAAUACAGCCAUGAUGUCACCUAGGGCUGAAGUAUUUUUAGGCCUGGCUUCUAUCCCAUCUGUGAUCAAGGCUGAUGGAUGAUGGAGAAUUUGGUGUCUCCCCAGGGGAAAUUAGUCUCACCCCUUCCCUCAGCUCAUUAAGGCCAGUGUUAUUAUUCCAUAACUCCAGCUUUAGGGACAAGGGAAGGAUUGUAAUUCAAAAGGCCAGCUCAUCUGUUUUUACUCCUAAACAUUCCACCAUCGAUUUGGUCCUCCUAGAGGGAAAACCUAACAAAGCUGGCUUGAUUAAUUGUAGACCAUACCAUAAAGAGUCAGAGUUCUUAUGUUUGCCUCAUGCAUGUAACUGAUUUCAAAUAUAUACUCCAUUCACAGUCAUUCAUAAUUAAUUCAUUUAGUCAUUCAUUUAGGAAACAUUUCUUAAAUAUUCAACACUCUGUGACAAGCACUAGGCUUCAAUGAUGAAAAUAGUUUCUCAGCCUAAAAUGAGUAGUGGUGAGUUCUCAACCAGCUUGUCAAUAAAUAAUUGUCAAUGUGUUAAGUGCUAGGAAAGUUAAGGUUGUGGAGGGGGGGUUAGGAUCACAAAACUAAGUUGGUGGCUUAAGGGAUGAUAGGGAAGUCUUUUUUUUUAAAGUGAUGACUAAGAUGGGUUUGAAAAAUGAAGAGAGGGAGCUAAUCAUCAAAGGGAAAGGCGCACAGGAACAAAAGCCUGGGGACAGAGUGAGGAUGAACGCCAAGUUUCAAAACAAACUGACAAGGUGCCCCUAUAAGGAAGGGGCUCCUUGUCACUCAGACCUGCCUCAGCUGAAGGUGCCAGGCUCUGCUGACUCCCCAUGGAGCCUUACCUUUUCACCGGAGGGACUGGA